ACAUAUCUCGACUCCAAAGUGGCCGCUGUCACUGCUGUCAGCCGCUGUUAUACAUUCGUGACAAUUCGUGAUCGGUGGGCGGGGAAUUGAUAGAAUCUUAUGUUUACUCAAAUUUUGUAGGACAUUUCGUCGAGUGCUAAAUCAAUUUUCAAGAUGAUACGGUUUAUCCUCAUACAAAACAGGGCCGGUAAGACUAGGUUAGCCAAGUGGUACAUGAACUUUGACGAUGACGAGAAGCAGAAGUUGAUAGAGGAAGUUCACGCGGUGGUCACCGUUAGAGAUGCGAAGCAUACAAACUUUGUCGAGUUUCGCAAUUUCAAGAUAGUGUACAGGCGGUAUGCAGGCUUAUAUUUCUGCAUCUGCGUCGAUGUUAACGACAACAAUCUCUGUUACUUGGAAGCAAUACACAAUUUCGUGGAGGUGUUGAACGAAUACUUCCACAAUGUAUGCGAGUUGGAUUUAGUCUUUAAUUUUUACAAGGUGUACACCGUUGUAGACGAAAUGUUCUUAGCAGGUGAGAUCAGAGAGACGAGCCAAACUAAAGUGCUAAAGCAGCUCUUGAUGUUAAAUUCCUUGGAAUAAACGAGCUCGUUAAUUCCAGCUUUGUGUGUUAACAAAUGCAUGAUCUGAAUAUGUAACAUACGUCUAACACGUCUUAAUAUGCAUCCCUAUCGUGUAGAUUAUGUCGCGUAAGACACGUACAUAAAUACUCUAUGUAACGAUAUCAUUUAGAUGAUCUUCAGUAAUUAUUUGUUUUACGAAGAAAAUGAGAUGUACGAUAAUUUCUACAUGAUUUUUGCGUUAUGACUUGUGAAAAAGAAAACAACAGCGCUCAAAACAUGACAAACCGUUGUAGACGCAAGAAAAGAUAGAAAGUAUAUAUCGCCUGUGUUUUAAGUAUAAUAUAAUAAAUCCUGUAAAUACAUACUGAAGAAUA